GGUCGGUAUAUUAAUCGGUAAAUACUGAGCUCCACCUCUGCGUUGGCGCUGUCGCUGUCAUCAUCGCUGCUGCUCCAAAAAAGACCCAAACCGAAUUGUGCCUCUUUUGACCACGCCAACGUCUGUUUUUGCCUAAAAUUCGCGUGGAGUUAGCCAAACUCCGGUGACAGUGGUGUCGGCUGUUGGCAGUACCUUAAAGAAGUGCAACAAGUGGUUAAACACGCUUUUUAAAACGUUCCCCAGUGCCUUACACCGACAACGUACUCACACCAAUAUAAUUCUACCUGCCCAAAUAAUCGUGUGUGUGCGUUUGUGUGAAACAACAACAACAAGUUGCUGCUUUCGUCGCAGUUUCCGAGAGAGUGUCUGCUAAUUACGCCAAAAAUGUUAAUUAAUGCUUAAUUUAAUUAACGAAACCCCUGCGAGUGGAGCAAAAGAGUGCGCGUGAGCGAGACGGAGCUAGAGAUAGAGAUCUGAUCAGAUCUUUGAGAAAAUCCCCAACGCGAGGAUCUGUAUCGCGUAUAACUCAUAAGUCUGGUUUUUAAAUAUAGAUUACAAGUGCACUUAAGCAAACAAGCAAGCAACAAUCAUUAAUUGAACAAAUAAAACGACUACAGCUACAGAUAAGCAACUCAACUCUACUCAGCGCUACGUGACGUACUAUACUUGCUUAUCACUAAUUCAGGAGAUAGCCACAGAGCACAGGAACCACCGACUAGCGACCACCGAGCGACAGGCCCAAGGCCCCAGGCGACCGACGACCGACGACCGACGACAAUGGAGUCCAUGGAGUACGAGAUGGCACGCAAUAUGACGCUGCUGUUCUUCCUGGAGCGCCUCCUCGACAAGGGAGAGCCCCGCACCGUGCACGAUCUCUCGUGCCAGUUCGGCAACAAGGAGUUCACCAAGGAGAUGCGGCAAAUCGCCGGCGGCAGUCAAUCGGGUCUGAAGAAAUUUCUCGCCCAAUACCCAUCAAUAUUCCUGGUGGACGGGGACUACGUGCAGGUGAAUGCCUACCAGCACAGCAACGCGGACGACGGUGGUGGCGGCGGCAAGCGCGACUACAUUCAAGAGGCUAAAGACUACUUCAAGAACAAGAUGCUGCAGUACGGGGCCGCUGCAGAGGUGCCGGUGCGAAGUCUGCUCGGCCAUCGGUCGCAGGCCUCGCCGCAAGUCCGUCACAUAUCGGGUCAACAUAUCAAGGAGUUCACGGACUUUCUCACCAAGCACACGGACACAUUCAAGGUGAUCGAUGACUUUGUGAUGCUGGUGGGCUGCGAGAAUAUGACUGAUCUGCCGGCCAGGGAUCGUCUCCAUCUGCCACAGUCGAACAUCGAUACGCGCGGCACCCAGCAGAUGCUCGACUUCUUCGCGCAGUGCAUCGAGAUUAAGGGGCCGCUGCUGGUGGACCAGCUGUUCCAUUUGCUGACCACCAACUUUCCGCAGGAUCAGUGGCUGCGCAUGUUCAAGACGCCCGGCGACCUGAGCUCCUUCCUAAAGCUCUUCGGCGACUGCUUUCACAUUCAGGCCAAUCUAGUCACGUUGCUGCAGAAGCCCAAGCUCAGUGACACGCACAUCCAGCAGGCCCAGGCCCAGACCAGGGAGCAGUUCAACGCCCUCAACAACAACAACAACAUCAACAAUGGCAGCAAUUCAAAUUCAAGCCGCAGGGUGGAUGUGGGUGCCGGUGUAGGUGGAGGUGCCUUGAGCUCCGUGCAACAGCGAUUGCAGUCUCCAGCUUUGCGCAGCAAUGGAUGUGCGAGCAGCAACAAUAAUGUCAUUAGCAGCAGCAGUAGCAUCAACAACAACAAUAGCAUAGCAUCGCCCAAUUUCAAGCUGAACGCACCCGUGUCGAAUGUAAUUGGGGGGCAGGGGCAGGGGCAGCUGGGGCAGCCCAAGUCGGAGCCGAGCUCUGGCUUCGACAGCUAUGUGCCCAUGUCGGAGCUGAAGCUGGAGAAUCUCUGCGAGAACAACUAUCCCGGUGGGAAUGUAUGCUAUGGCCCCAUCGGAGGAGGACCCAUUCAACAGCAGCAGCCGUUGACGGCGCCGGUGCCUGCCUCUACGAAUCCUUCCUCGGAGAGAGUGAACAGCGUCAACCAAACGCUGAAGCAACGCAUAAAUACUCUGGUCAUACGCACGCUGGCGGAGAACCUCGAGAAGGACAAACAGUCGUUGGCCAACCAAAGUUCUCCGCAUGCCAGUCCCUUGCAUUCCAGCAACUCCCAUCCCAGCUCCAAUUCCAACUCCAGCAGUGCCAAUGCGAGCACAGCGAACAAUCCCAAUACCAUCUCCAACUCAAACUCCAGCUCCAACCCACCCACCAACGCCAAUCAAUCACCUAGUCAUAGCUACUUUGUCGGCGACACGUGGAAGAUCAAGGUCCUGCAGAACACGACGGUGAUAGCCAGUGUGAAGCAGUCUGUGUUCGUCACCGACAUCCUUCUCAAGUACGCGGCCAAGAACGAGGGCAUUGUGGUCUCCCUCGACUGCGAAGGCAUCAAUCUCGGGUUGAAGGGCGAAAUCACGUUGAUUGAAAUCGGAACGGCCCGGGGCGAGGCGUUCCUCUUCGAUGUGCAGUCCUGCCCUGCCAUGGUCACGGAUGGUGGCCUGAAGACCGUGCUGGAGCACGAGCAGGUCAUCAAGGUCAUCCACGACUGUCGCAACGAUGCGGCCAAUCUGUAUCUGCAGUUUGGUAUCCUGCUGCGCAACGUGUUCGACACACAGGCGGCGCAUGCGAUCCUGCAGUACCAGGAGAACGGCAAGCAGGUCUACAAGGCCAAAUACAUAUCGCUCAACUCGCUGUGCGAGCAGUACAAUGCACCCUGCAAUCCAAUCAAGGACCAGCUGAAACAGAUAUACAGGCGGGACCAGAAGUUCUGGGCCAAGCGGCCGCUCACCCGCGAAAUGAUGCUGUACGCGGCUGGCGAUGUGCUGGUGCUCAUCCACGAUCAGCUCUUUGGCAGUCUGGCGCGGCAGAUCAGGCCAGAGAACAGGCAGCUUUUCUCCGAGCUGUGCACGGAGCAAAUCCUCCUGCAGAUCAAGCCGAACGAGGUGAAGAUUCGCAAGAAGCAGCGCAAGGUUAGCACCGAGGUGUCCGAUCUGAAGUUGAAAUUGGCGCAGACCAGCAAGAGCAUUGUGCUCUCGAACCGCGAGAUACGUCUGCUGCGUUACAUGGAUCUGACGGAGGAUGAAAAGGAGCGCCUCAAGGGCUACUACAAGGUGGCCAAGAAGCUGGAGAAAAUGGAAUCUGCCGGCAAUCCCAGCAAGGAUCAAAGUGACUCUGAAGACGAGGCGGAACCCAAUGAAAACGAAAUGUUUCCCAGCUUGGACUCUGUACCAUCGGACAAUUCCCUCUCGGGCACCUUUUCGCCGCGCUUCAGCUCUGAGCCACCCAGCCUGACGGAAUCCAUGCAGAUGCUGGAGGAAAUACUGCAGAACAAGUCAAUGGAUCGCAUUGCGCGAAUCGAUAAGCUAGAGGCCAUACUGACGACAGCCACCUCGUUGCCAUGCGAUCAGAUACUGGCUUCCAAUUCGAUUCAGGAACAGUUGGGUUCGAGCAUUGCGACCACAGAUAAUUUGCAAAUCAUACGCGAAAAGUCCAGAAACAAUAGGAAUUGCAAUUGCCAAGGAGAGCGCAGUGUCACGCCCAUUCUGAGAACGACGGACAGGCGGGUGGUGAAGCUGGUGGAUGCCGAAUCGCAGACGCUGAGCACCGGCGACGUCGUCAUCACCAAGAUAUUCUUCCAGGACGAGCAUGAGCGGGCCAAGGAGACGGCAAUGCUUAGCAGCUCGCCCACGAAGCGUGUGGCAUCCACAUAAACAACGUGUCAAUCUUCGAACCAUGAUUCCUAACAAGCAAAGCAAAGCGCAGACAUAUUACGUAUUAUUAUUUUUCUGUUUUUAACUGUUGCGAGACUCGAGGAGAAGACGAAGAGAAAGACAAAGACAAAAGGCGGUGUCCCGAGCACCCACUAUCGACUAUCGAUUAUGCAAUAAUAACUUUUAUGGGUAUAUCCAAUUGAGAAGCAAUAUAUUUUGUGCCUAAAUGUUGAACAUUGCAAUAACAAUAAUAUAUACGAGUAUGAUUUACCAAUUGUAAAUGAAUGGCCUCCCAAACGAGCUACUGUACGAAUCGCACUUCUCAGCGGUGACCCCAUCCUAUCCCAUUCCAGAGCGGAGUGGGGUCUGAGGUCUGAGAAUCCGUGUUGCAUUCGAUGAGACAGAUGAAAGGUGGAUAGAUGGGUAGGCCUCAGAUUGUUUUGUUUUUGUUCAUUAUGACCCUAAAUCAGCGCCAAACAAUCAUUGAAAAUGUAUGUGUAAAUGUGACAUAGAAAGCUUUGCGAUGUAUUAGCGAAAUGAUUAAUGAUUAUUAUAAUCUGCGUUGGACCAAUGUGUAUUAAAUCGAGAUGAAAUAAUUCAAAUGCAGCUUUGUAGAGGUUUCCUAAUAUGUAUCUUUGUCGCCAUAUCAGAAGUGAACUUAUUGUAUUUUAACCAUAAUUAAUUCUUUAUAAACCCAAACUAAACUAAA